AUGGAUUAUUUCCCCAUGAUUUUCUCUCUGCUGUUUGUGGCUUUCCAAGGAGCUCCAGAAGCAGCGGUCUUGGGCGCAGAGCUCAGCACGGGCUUGGACAGCGGAGGGGAGAAGUCCGCCGCCAGUGCACCCUGGCGGGCCCGCCGGUCCAAACGGUGCUCCUGCUCUUCCCUGAUGGAUAAAGAGUGCGUCUACUUCUGCCACCUCGACAUCAUCUGGGUCAACACCCCCGAGCACAUUGUUCCGUAUGGACUUGGAAGCCCUUCUAGGUCCAAGCGAUCCUUAAAGGAUCUAUUUGCCACAAAGGCAACAGACCACAGGAAGAGAUGCCAAUGUGCUAGCCAAAAAGACAAGAAGUGCUGGACUUUUUGCCAAGCAGGAAAAGAACUCAGGGACCAAGACAGUAUGGAGAAGGGCUGGAAUGACCAUAAGAAAGGAAAAGACUGUUCUGAGCUUGGAGAAAAGUGUAUUCAUCAGCAGCUGGUGGCAGGAAGAAAAAUAAGAAGGUUGGACACCAUCAGCAACCGCAUCAAAACAGCUUUUCGUGUCGCAAAGCUGAAAGCCGAGCUCUACAGAGAGAAGCAAGUGACCCACAACCGAACACACUGAUGGCAGGUCCCUGGGGCCCGUGGCCCACCCAUCCGCAAGCCUUCUCCUCCACGGAGGGAACCCUGUGGCUGAUUCUGCACUCUCUCCCCACGGCUGGGAUCAGAGCAAAAGCAUCCUCCCUGCUUCGACCGUUUCUUGUUCCAGACUGUCAAUGGACCAGUGCCCUCGUUCUAAACAUUACAGUGAAGACUAAGGAGUCCCCCAGUCCAUCUUCAUUUGCUUCCAUCAGUGAUAACUGCUUUCGUCUCUCCUCGUUUGGGGUAACGAUGGACCACUCAGAAAGCAGAGAGACACACAGUGACUUGUGAAUUAGGGUGUCAUCCUCCAGAGGGAGGACAGGAGAUUCCAUACACGGUGGAAUUUCUGAAGAGGGUCCGAAGGGAGUGUUUGUGUCUCACUCAGGCGCCUGGCACAUUUCAGGGAGAAACUCCGAAGUCCACGCAAAGGUUUUCUAAGGAAUGCACAAAUUGAAAACACACCCGAAGGACACUCAAGU